GCGGCAGCGGCAGCAGCAGCAGCAGAGGAUAGACGCAGAAAGAAGCGUCUUUGGUUUUUUGUUUGAUAAGAGGAGGCAAAACAAAGGAGACUCCCACAAUGUUUGCGCCCAGCGGCAGCAGCAGUAUCAGUGGCAGUGCCAGCGCCAGCUUCAGCAGCGGCAGCAGCAACAGCAGCAGCAGCAGCAGCAGCACUGGAACAGGUGCCAGCUCCACCAACAGCACCAGUGUCAGUGGGAGUGCGAGUGGAUCCGCGGAGCGGGGCGAAGCGAACAACAACCACAAUCAUAAUUUGAGCUUACAACUGAACGGUAAUGGUAACAGCGGCAACAACAGCAACAGUCACAGUAGCAGCAGCAGCGUCAUUACUAACGGCAACAAUAGCAACAACAGCCACAACAAUAGCAACAGCAACAACAACACACACACAAAUCUCAUCAGCGGCUUCUGCAGCAGCAUCUGGCGCUCUGCCACCUUUGGAAGUGCCACACCAGUGGUGGUCAGUGCAUCAGCAGCAGCAGCAGCAACUGCCUCCGUUUCUGUUUCUGCCUCAGGCUCUGGUACUGCCAUGAGCGACUGUUCCUCGUCCAGCUUAUCGGUUUCCCCCGAUGCCUCCGCCUGCCUGCCUGAUAAUGAUGAUGAAGAUCAACAGCAAAGGCAGCCGCUGCAGCGGUCUGAGGCCAGCAGCACAGACAGUUAUCUUGCCCAGGAUUCGGAUGUUGCCCAGCAGCCACAAACAUUCCUAGGGGCCACCGAACUGGACGAUGAGCUAAUCAAACAACUGCCAAAGGAGGUACUGCUGCGGGUCUUCUCCUAUCUGGAUGUCGUCUCGCUAUGCCGCUGUGCACAGGUGUGCAAAUACUGGAAUGUGCUCGCCCUGGAUGGUUCCAGCUGGCAGAAAAUCAAUUUAUUUGAUUUUCAACGUGAUAUCGAGGGGCCGGUGAUUGAGAAUAUUUCGCAACGAUGUCGCGGCUUUCUCAAGUCCCUGUCGUUGCGUGGCUGUCAAUCGCUGGGAGAUCAGUCUGUCAGAACUCUAGCGAACCACUGCCACAACAUCGAACAUCUGGAUCUGUCGGAGUGCAAGAAGAUUACAGAUAUAUCCACACAGUCCAUCAGCAGAUACUGCACCAAACUGACGGCCAUUAACUUGGACUCUUGCUCCAACAUAACAGACAAUAGCCUCAAAUAUCUAUCAGAUGGCUGUCCAAAUCUCAUGGAGAUCAAUGUGUCGUGGUGUCAUCUGAUUUCUGAGAACGGCGUCGAGGCACUGGCCCGCGGCUGUGUCAAGCUGCGCAAAUUCAGCAGCAAAGGUUGUAAACAAAUAAACGACAAUGCCAUAAUGUGCCUGGCCAAAUACUGUCCCGAUAUAAUGGUGCUAAAUGUACACAGCUGUGAGACCAUAAGCGAUUCAUCUAUACGCCAGUUGGCCGCCAAGUGUCCCAAGCUGCAGAAGCUGUGCGUGUCCAAGUGUGCGGAUUUAACUGAUCUCUCGCUGAUGGCCCUGUCGCAGCACAAUCACCUGCUGAACACACUGGAGGUGUCCGGCUGUCGCAAUUUCACGGACAUUGGUUUCCAGGCCCUGGGACGCAACUGCAAGUAUCUGGAGCGCAUGGAUCUGGAGGAGUGCAAUCAAAUCACGGACCUAACGCUUGCUCAUCUUGCCACAGGCUGUCCCGGCCUAGAGAAAUUGACCCUGUCGCACUGCGAACUGAUUACGGACGAUGGCAUAAGACACCUGACCACUGGCAGCUGUGCCGCCGAGAUACUGUCCGUGCUGGAGCUGGACAAUUGUCCCCUGAUAACGGACAGAACGCUGGAGCAUCUGGUUUCAUGCCACAAUCUACAGCGUAUUGAACUAUUCGACUGUCAGCUCAUUACACGCACCGCCAUACGCAAGCUGAAGAACCAUUUACCAAAUAUCAAGGUGCAUGCAUACUUUGCUCCAGGCACACCGCCGGCGGUGACCAGCGGACAACGGCCACGCUACUGUCGCUGCUGUGAGAUUCUCUGAGAUACGGCCAUCGGCUUUGCCAGGAAGAUAAUGCGCAAGGCGGCCACAGACUGAUGCUGGCCUGUCUGCAUCGUUAUGUUCGCCAUGGCCCUCAUCUCGAUGAUUUGCAUGUUUUUGCUGGGACUGCUCGAUGGCGUUAACAGAACGUAACCAAUAAACACAACAACAACCAGCACGGCUAGCUCCGAACAAAGCGGAAGCGGAAACUGAAACGAAACGAAACGUAGCUUUAGUUUUAGUUCUCUUCUUUUUUUUGUGUGUGUUGUGUUGCAAGUUUACAAAACUUCAGCAAACAGCAUCAAAUUGUGAUUAUUUUAUUUAAAUGUUCUCUAUAUCUAUGUUAACCCAAGACCUUCAUUUGUGUAAUAUGUGUAUGUGUGUGUGUGUGUGUCUUUGCAGGUAUAUAGCGGUAUAUAUACACGCACACACACACGCACACUUGUAUAUGUGACGGCUUGCUAGCCCUGAUCGUACGUACCGCUGAAUGUUCUGUGUCUAGCCUGUAACUGCGAUUAAUUACGAAUUAGUUGUAAUAUCAGCCACGCCCACACAAAAACUCAUACAUACCUGUAUUAAAUGUUGCUAAAAGAAAAGAAAAGAAA